AUGAUUGACUUACAGAACUUCUUAAUCCAAAAUGGGAGCAGAGGAAAUAUUUCUCUUUGUUUUGAACAUCAUCCUAACUCCUGUCAGAAGUUUGUCUAUCCACUGGCUGUGAGAAUUGUAACUUACGUCCUUCUUGGUGUCCUUAUACUUCUUACAUUAUUUGGAAAUCUUGUGGUGAUCAUAGCCAUAACUCAUUUCAGGCAGCUGCACACACCAACUAACUACCUCACUCUCUCUCUGGCUGUAGCUGACCUGCUUUUAGGAGGGGUUGUGAUGCCCCCUUGUAUGCUGCGCACUGUGGAGACUUGCUGGUAUUUGGGAAGCUUAUACUAUCGAUAUUAUGCAAUAUGUCAGCCUCUGCAGUACCACAGUAAAAUGACUCAUGUUACUGCUCUGUUAAUGAUCGCUGUUUGUUGGAGUGUUUCUGCUGCUGUGGGAUUUGGGGUGAUUUAUCUAGAGCUCAGUAUUCGUGGCAUUAAUGAUUACAGUGAUGUUUUAUGUGAGGGGGUAUGUAUAAUGUUUGUAGGGCCCACCACAGCUGUAGUAUUGUCAACAUUCUCUUUGUACAUCCCUGCCGUUGUCAUGCUAAGCAUAUAUUUGAAAAUCUAUCUUGUAGCACAGAGACAAACACGUUUAAUACACAACACACUUUCUCAGAUAAAUACGUCAAAAGGACAAGCAACUGCUAGUAAAGCAGAGAGAAAAGCCACUAAAACAUUAGCCAUUGUUAUGGGAGCUUUUCUAGUGUCUUGGUUACCAUUUAUAAUCUACAGUAUUGUUGAUACUUACUAUAGUUUGAGCAUUCCAGUACAAUUGUUUGAUUUCUUUGCUUGGUUUGGUUUUUCAAAUUCAGCAUGUAAUCCUCUUGUGUAUGCAUUCUUCUAUGCAUGGUUUAGAAAAGCUCUCAAACUUAUUCUAUAUGGCAAAAUAUUCAGAAACAAAUCGUCAAGAACAGAGUUAUUUUCAGAAUAG